AUGGACGAUCGCCGCUCGAAACGCUCUCGGUUUGAUCAGACCGAGCCGGAAGUGCGACGCCCGUCGCGCUUCGACCGCCGCUCUCGGUCUCCCUCGUCGCGACAGUCCGAGUCGACUCGAGCUCGCAGCCCUCUCAGUCGUGAACCUCGGAGCCCUAGCGCGGACCCUGCGAAGAAGACCGAUCCCGCUGCCGCCGCUGCUGCCGCUGCGGCAAAGAUCAACGCCCAGUUGCAAGCGAAAAAGGGCAUUCAACAUGUCGACGUUCCUCCAAUUCGCUCGACCGCAAGCCCCGUACCAACAUCCGGCUCACCUCCCACCGGCGACGCAUCUGGAAAGUUGAACGCGGAGAUCUACGUUGCUGAUGGAGACUAUAUCAAGGAUAUUGAGAUUAAUGACUUGCGCAACCGUUACACGCUGACCAAAGGCUCUACUCAGAAGAUGAUCAAAGAAGAAACUGGCGCCGAUGUCACUACAAGAGGAAACUAUUACCCGGACAAGAGCAUGGCCACCGCUGCGAACCCUCCGCUUUAUCUCCACGUAACGAGCACAAACAAGGAAGGCCUUGAGAAGGCCGUCGCCUUGAUCGACGAUCUCAUGAAGAAAGAGCUCCCCAACCUGGUCGAUGAGCGCCGGUUCCGUCGCCGCGAACCCGAGCAAGUGGAGCGGGAUGAGUACGGUCGUCGUAAAUGGCCCGAGGAGCGGAUCCCCGUCGAUCUCGAACCGAUCCCUGGCUUCAACCUCCGCGCUCAGGUCGUCGGCCAAGGCGGUGCCUACGUGAAGCACAUCCAGCAAAAGACUCGCUGCAAGGUUCAAAUUAAAGGCCGUGGUUCUGGUUUCAUGGAGCCCAGCACUGGCAGGGAAAGCGAUGAACCGAUGUUCCUGCACGUUGCUGGUCCCGACCCGAACGAUGUCCAGAGCGCAAAGGCCUUGUGUGAGGACCUACUAGCCAACGUCCGUGAACAGUACCAGCGUUUCAAGGAGAACCCGCCCCAGCACAGCUACGGUGGCUAUGGCGGCCAGCGCGGAGACCGCUAUCACUACGGUGGAGGUUACGGCGGCGGUGGUGGUGGUGGCGGCGGCGGAUAUGGUAACAACCAUCACCAAAACUCGCCGUCUACUUCUGCCAGCCCGUCGACCCAAGCCGCGGGUGGUGCUGGCGGUUCGGGAACCGGAACUCCUGACUACAGCGCCCAGUAUGCUCAAUACUACGGAACCGACCCGUAUGCUGCCUACGGCGGUUACCAGAACUACCUUGCCUACUACCAAUAUUAUCAGGCGGCUGCUCAGCAGCAGCAACAGCAACAGCAACAAUCCCAGAGCCCCGCUCCGCCACCGCCUCCUCCCGCCAGCGAGGCUCCUCCUCCUCCUCCUCCGGGAUCGGGCUCUCCGCCACCUCCCCCACCCGGCGGUAGCUACAGCGCUGUUCCUCCCCCUCCAGGACUGUGA